AUCUGGCAACAGCUGCAUAUGCGCUUGCGGCUGGUUGGUUCCCAUAAACACAAAGACGCCUUUAUGAACCAGAGCUCGCAACUUCCCUUAAACAAGGAUCACGAGUGAAGUGGGAUCUGCUCAGUGCGCAGUGAGGAAGGUUUCAGGGCUGGUAUCAGACAUGCGUUCUGCUGUGCUGCUCCUGAGCGCGCUGCUCAGUCUGGGUCAUGGAGACGUCGGCGAUUUCUCGCCGUGUUUGAGCUUCUUCUACCGGGCUCGUCCUCCCACAGGCAUGACGGGAACUCCGAUCUGUCAGCGCUACAAGAACCAGUACCACUUCGCCACGCUGUACAGCCGGGAGCGCCGCACGCCCUGGUUCUCCGGGUACGUGUUCUCCCCGGCGCAGGGCAAGCGGCCCAGAGGCGAAUGGAAGUACGAGCCACAGCUAGCCAACUCCAAGGCUGACGGCAACAUGGUCCUGUUCCCGAUUCCACCUGCAAAGGUGGACCAGAAUGUAGUAGAGAGCCAGGCCGUCCAGAACGACUACACCAACUCCACCUACACACGUGGCCACCUGAACCCAAGCCAGCACCACAAUGACACAGUUGUGCGCCGUGCCACCUUCACCCUCACUAAUGUGGUGCCGCAGCAGCCUGCAUCCAAUGACGGUCCCUGGGCCAACCUGGAGACUCACGUGAGUAAGAUCCUCAAGGAAUACUGCCUGGGCAAGGCGUACAUAGUGACUGGUGUGAUUCCAUAUGAAAAAGACCGCUGGCUGAAGGAUGAGGGCAGAGUGGCCAUCCCUGAGUAUAUGUGGUCGGCCUACUGCUGCCAGAACUACAGCCAGGACCUUCCAAAGAGCCUGAAUGACAUCUUCCCAACGUUUGGAGCCAUUGGCAGGAACGAUCCAAACAGUACACAGGAAAUUGUACCAGUGGACCCGCACAAAAAGAAAGAAGAGAGGGGAUAUGAUGUAAAGGCAAUGCCAUUAUCAAUUCUGGAGGGGCACUUGAAGAAGAGAUACAGGAUGUCUAUCAGUGUUUUUGAUCAGCAGUGCUCAAGGGCAUAACCUUCAGUCGAAACCAAAAGUCUUUGUGUAGACCUUUAACCCUUUGUUAUGUUCGGUUCGAAAAGAGCUCAUUUGAAUUAACUGUUUUGUACGUAUACUCAAAAAAACUAUGGAAUGUCUUUCGAUGCUAAUAUUAAAUACUUUAGUAUUUAUUUACUUAGUUCAUUCAUUCAUUCAUUAAUAGCAUUUUCUAUUAAUUCCAUGAAAAUUUUCUUUUUCACAAGAAGGAUUUCAGAGUAGACAGUAUUUUAAUCUAAGAUAUUGCUCAUCUCAAACACUGGAUUUUUUUAAGGAUAAAAUUAUAAAUUAACUUAAAGUGAAUUGUAAGUGUAGCAGAUGAGUGCUUCGUCAGCUUAUCCUUCAAACUGUGGCCACAUUUUCUCUACAAUAGCACGCAUCGAAUGAACCAAAAUAUGACAAUCACUAUAAAUAACGUUUGUGUUGCUAAUUGCUAAUUACUAAAGUAAAGAGAUGGACUGGGUCGAUGGCAACGUAAGGGUUAAAGAUAACAACUGAGCAUGUAUACACGUACUGUUUUACUAAAAAUGAUUUCACAGAUAAUUUGUUCUUUUGAAAACUAUCAUUUUAAAGUUCUGUUAUUUUUGGCAUCAGUUCAUGAUAUGGAUUAAGAGUGAUCAUCAAAACAAUGAUUUUAUUAAACCCCAAAAAAUCAGUAAUAAUAUCCUAAUAUUCUGCCUAUAUUUUUUAUGUUGAAAAGUUCUAAAUAAUGUACAUAAUAUAUUUUACUUUUAUGAGGUUACACAAUUGUAUUGAAUCUAUAAAAGUAGCACUGGAUUAACUGGUCUAUUCACUUGCAAUUUGCAGCCUAAAAGUAGAAUUUUUUUUUUACAGAUAAUAAAAAAAAUAUUAUAAAAAUUAACCAAGGUUUAGAUUCUCCCAAUAGAUGUCAGCAUUUGAUAAAAAAAUAUAUAUAGCACAGUCUUCAUGACUUUUUCUCAAUCCCAAAGGAAUUUUGUCAGCGUUUUGUUUUGGUGGAUACUGUAGCACACAAAAAGAAAAAAAAAUGUAAUUUUAUUUAAGUUCUAGGACUACAGUAAGAUAGAUAAGCUGUGAUAUCCACUUAUGUUUUUUCUUUUUUUUUUAAUUUUAUUUUGUAUUUUGGAAGUGAAUGAACCAUUAUACCUCAACACUGUGCAGAUGGGGAAAAAAAUAGCGAUGUGUUAAUCAGUGCUUUCCACCACAAUCAAAUCAUCAAAGCAAUGGAGGACUGAGGGAAUAUCAUUUGGAAAAAUGGUGUUCAUGUCUUCAGUACAGUUUUAGAGAUUUGUACAAUCAAUGCCACUGAAGACUGAAGUUGUUUUGACGGCAUGUGGUGGCACAAACACCUUAAUAAGACACCAUGUUUUUUUUUCCCUUUGUCACCGACUGUACCUUAUACCUCAGGGUAAACUUUCAUUUACCUCAGACUAAUGUCUUAUGUUUUCCUUUUUAUGUCUUUAUGCAUGAAUCUUUGUAUUGUAAUCAAACUCAUUUAAAUCACACACUUAUUAAAUCACCUGGAUCUGAGAAUCGAAUUAAUUUAGGCCUUCUUCUGAAAAUAACUCAGCCCUGUAAAUUUGAAGCCUGUUAAGCAAUUGUAGUGAGACAGAGAGGCAAGGUUAGGAUCCAUGUGCAGGAGAUUUACUGCAAAUAUUCACAAUCCAAAAAUGUAACUUGAAGAGCAGAUCGAGAUCAAUAAACAUGCAAACCAAGGUGAGCAUUAUCAAUAGGGUGAGCCAAAUAGUAGUAAGAGUCCAGGCUGGAGGUCAAAGGCUCAAGAACUUCGACUAAUGGAUACAAUCAACAAGCCUUCAAGUCUAGUGUUUGUGGCCACGUGCGUUAUAUAGAGGGCAAACAGGAAAUGAGUGUUACCCUAGAAAGAGAGUGCUAAUAUUCAGGGAGAGGAGCCCUCUGGUGGCAUGUGAAAUAUGGUGAAAUGUUCUGGGCUGAUGAGACCGCAAUAUACCACAUAAAGUUACUUGCUACAGUAACAACUGUAUUUUUUUUAGCAUUCUCUAAUCAUUAAAGCAUUAAGAAACUUUAACUGCAAUGCACUUUCAUACACAAUUAUAAGCAAAACAUGUAAAUGGGAUAUUCUUGUUCAAAUGCAGUUUGUUGCUGAUCAGAUGAUGACUGAUUUUCCAAAUGUAUCAGUUAGUUUUUAGAUGUCUUAAGAAGUGUAAUACCUCAUCUAUCAUAGAUACAGCUACCAUAUUAACCCAUACAGCUCAUUCUUCUGGACCAUCUUAUUCAUAGAUCUUCAUUUGAACAGUGUAGGACUCACUUUGGUGAAUCAAACUAUACAAAGUUUGCUGGAUUCACCACUCAGACAGCAUGGUUGAUAUUUGGUGAAGCCUCCUCUGAAGAGAAUAACAGCACUCACAGUCUCUUCUUGUAACGUCUUGGAGGAUCUUGGUCUACUACUUGGUCUGUGGACACCUCCUUCAGUUCAGACUGCAGAAUUUUAAAUUAUUCAAACCUGGAUAAUGAGAUCACCAAAGAACAACACUGAUUUUGUGGUCCUUUAACUAUUUCUAUGUUGAUUUGGAUGUUUGGGAUCAUUACCUUGUUGAAAGUAGUCUGAACCUCCUGGCAGAGACAACCAGGGAUUUCGGCUAAAGUAUAUUUGCAGUAUUCACAAUGCCAGUAAUCUUCACAAAAGACCCUAGACCAUCAGCGUCAAACAAUCACUGAUCCACCACCACAGUGAGUUUGUUUUUUUUUAAUAGUAUACAGUUCCCCUUUUUUGGGCAAACAAUCUGAGUGGUGUUUUUGGCCAUAAAGUUCAAUUUAGUUCAUCUGAGCAGAAAACAUAAUUCCACUUUUAGCUCCAAUGAGUGGUGAAGCUCAGGAGCUGUAUUUUGUGGGUUGCUUUCAACCAGCUUGUUGUUAUGUGGUCAUUGUUAUGUUAAAUCAAAAGUAGCAACCAAUAUUUUUAACUCUUAGGGUUACAUAAUUGUGUGUAAUGAUUAUACACUCAUUUUUGCUUUUUUCAUUUUUGGGAAAGGUGCCAAUAAUUCUUGGUGGCACUGCAUACCAUAAAAGUAAUAUAGAUGAUUCAGACUCCAUCUAUACAUCCUGUAUAACCACAAUGUCAAUGGCAACCAGCAAACAGGUGUAACAGAUUUUUUUUAAUGAAAUAAAAGACAGCUUUGCACA